CGCACAACAAUCCAUAGGGACCUUGGAAUUCCAUGGAAUUCCAAAACUUGGGUUUGGAAAUGCUAUUUAUUUGGCAGGCCAAAACAUACUUUUCCCAAUUCAAAAUACGUGGUUCUAGGAAAUCGGAAUUUGUUUUACGGGAAAUGGAAAAUCGGGGGCAGAGCUUUUCAGUGCUCAACUGUAUUGAUCUCUCCAGUCCAGACAUUCACAAAUCCGUUUCUUUACUCAAGCAGGCAUGUUUGGAUUCUGGAUUCUUCUAUGUGAUCAAUCACGGAAUCAGCCAGGAAUUUAUGGACGAGGUUUUCGCCCAAAGCAAAAGGUUUUUCACUUUGCCGUUGAGCGAGAAAAUGAAGCACCUAAGGAACGAGAAGCAUCGAGGCUACACUCCUGUUCUCGACGAAGUUCUAGAUCCUGAAAAUCAAGUGAAUGGGGAUUACAAGGAGGGAUAUUAUAUUGGUGUUGAAGUGCCCGAACAUGAUCCAAAAUCAGAAAAGCCUUUUUACGGGCCAAAUGUCUGGCCUGCUGCAGAUCGCUUGCCAGAAUGGAGGCAGACUAUGGAGAAAUUCCAUCAAGAGGCGCUUGAGGUGGCUAAAGCAGUUGCACGGAUCAUAGCUCUUGCCCUUGACCUUGAACGUGAUUUCUUUGAUAAACCAGAAAUGCUUGGUGACCCUAUUGCAACCUUGCGCCUACUGCAUUAUGAAGGUGGAAAUCAAAUUGAAGGUCAAAUCUCUGAUCCCUUGAAGGGAAUAUAUGGAGCAGGUGCACAUUCUGACUAUGGCCUGAUUACCCUCUUGGCAACAGAUGAUGUCCUAGGACUUCAAAUAUGCAAGGAUAAGGACGCUAGACCUCAGACAUGGGAAUAUGUAGCGCCAUUAAAAGGAGCGUUUAUAGUGAAUCUUGGUGAUAUGCUGGAGCGCUGGAGCAACUGUAUUUUCAAGUCCACAUUGCACCGGGUUCUAGUGCAUGGUCCAGAGAGAUAUUCUAUUGCCUACUUUGUGGAACCUAGUCAUGAUUGUCUUGUUGAAUGCUUGCCAACCUGCAAGUCAGAUAAAAACCCUCCCAAAUUUCCUCCAGUCAAAUGUGGGACUUACCUGACCCAGCGCUACAAGGAUACUCAUGCUGAUCUGAAUUUGUACACUAAACAUCAAGCUUGAAAAAAUUUGCCAUGAAAUUUCCAUUCUGGGAGGCUGGGAGUCAAGCUGCCUAGUACCUUUAUAUGAAAUAAUGAUUCAGUUAAGUUAUAGUGGAUAGGGGAAGGUGUAUUAAUGGCAGUGGUCCUUUUUGCCUGAAUAGCCUUCCAAUUCAAUGUGCUCAAAAGGUUGAGCAUCGUCCCUACAUAAUAAUGUAAUCCUUGUUCCCAUCAUUGAUGAUUUACAGAGUAGUAAGACUCUUUCUUUCA